CUGCUCUGCUGGCUGCCUCUCUCCGCUCACUGCAGUGGUUCAGGCUUCAGCAGCCUUGGAAGAGCAUCAGCUGAGAGGAGCUAUCACAUAGGAGCUGGGAGAUGCUCAGCAAAGAUGCCUUCUUGAGGAAACUGGAGUCCAGGAGAGUUGCAGAGUGAGUAAUGCCCAGACCUGGAACUAGAAGCUGAAUCUUAUUCUCCUACUCCCCAUUCUGAUGAAAAAAUCAGAAAAUUCACACAAGCUACCCUAAAGCCAGGGCACUGUCCUAGAGCUCAGCGGGACCCUGGAGAAGGGAGACAAAGGAUUUAGAAUUGCCCUCAAAAGGGAAGAAAAGCAUGGAGAACUAGAAAAGGAAGUGGGAAGAGAGGUGCCAGAGACCACUUGGAAGGUGGCACACAGCAAGUAUGUGAGGAUCAGUCCCUUGCCUGUCGGCUGGCUGCUACCAUCACCGGGGCUGACCCUGGGGCUACCUCCCGACAGAAACUGGACAUGAGCUCCUGAGUUCAGAGCUGCCUGGCCUGGCACCACCACAGAGGAGCCCAGCUUGGAAGGCUCCUGUGGAAGGCCCCCAACGAAAUCAAUCGGGAAGCCUAGGCCUGGGCUUUACAUCCCAGGGCUGUGGAGUAGGAUGGGGGAUGGGCCUGUAACAGGAAGUGCCCUGGGUGUCCUCUUUCGGCCCCAUGGAGUCCUCACCCAUUCCCCAGUCAUCAGGAAACUUGUCUACUUUGGGAAGAGCCCUUCAAACCCCAGGUCCCUCUACUGCCAGCGGGGUCCCAGAGUUGGGACUUCAGGACGUGGCUUCCGAAUCUGUGGCCCUCUUCUUCAUGCUGUUGUUGGACCUUACUGCCGUGGCUGGCAAUGCGGCUGUGAUGGCUGUUAUCGCCAAAACACCUGCCCUCCGAAAAUUUGUCUUUGUCUUCCAUCUCUGUCUGGUGGACCUGCUGGCGGCUCUGACCCUCAUGCCCUUGGCCAUGCUGUCCAGCUCCGCCCUCUUUGACCAUGCGCUCUUCGGGGAGGUGGCCUGCCGCCUCUACCUGUUCCUGAGCGUUUGCUUUGUUAGCCUGGCCAUCCUCUCGGUGUCGGCCAUCAACGUGGAACGCUACUAUUAUGUGGUCCACCCCAUGCGCUACGAGGUACGCAUGACAUUGGGCCUGGUGGCCUCCGUGCUGGUGGGCGUGUGGAUAAAGGCCCUGGCCAUGGCUUCUGUGCCGGUGUUGGGAAGGGUCUCCUGGGAGGAAGGAGCCCCCAGUGUCAACCCAGGCUGUUCUCUCCAAUGGAGCCAUAGUGCCUACUGCCAGCUUUUUGUGGUGGUCUUUGCUGUCCUUUACUUCUUGCUGCCCUUGAUCCUGAUCUUCGUGGUCUACUGCAGCAUGUUCCGAGUGGCUCGUGUGGCCGCCAUGCAACACGGGCCGCUGCCCACGUGGAUGGAGACGCCCCGGCAACGCUCCGAGUCUCUCAGUAGCCGGUCCACUAUGGUCACCAGCUCCGGGGCUCACCAGACUACUCCACAUCGGACGUUUGGGGGUGGGAAGGCAGCAGUGGUCCUCCUGGCCGUAGGGGGGCAGUUCCUGCUCUGUUGGUUACCCUACUUCUCUUUCCAUCUCUACGUGGCCCUGAGCGCUCAGCCCAUUUCAACGGGACAGGUGGAGAAUGUGGUGACCUGGAUCGGCUACUUCUGCUUCACGUCCAAUCCUUUUUUCUAUGGAUGUCUCAACCGUCAGAUCCGGGGCGAGCUUAGCAAACAGUUCGUCUGCUUCUUCAAGGCAGCUCCGGAGGAGGAGCUGAGGCUGCCUAGCCGGGAGGGCUCUAUUGAGGAGAAUUUCCUGCAGUUCCUCCAGGGGACUUCUGAGAACUGGGUGUCCAGGCCCCUCCCCAGCCCCAAGCAGGAGCCACCACCUGCUGUUGACUUUCGAAUCCCAGGCCAGAUUGCUGAGGAGACCUCGGAGUUCCUGGAGCAGCAACUCACCAGCGACAUCAUCAUGUCCGACAGCUACCUCCGUCCUGCCGCCUCACAGAAGGGGGAGUCAUGAUGGACCCUUGGAGGGAAAUAAGGCUUGGGGCUGGCUUAUGAUCUUAAAGACUGUCUUUUCCAGCUGCUGGGGUUUGGGCUGGGGUCUCUGGACUUAGCUUUUGCUUGGCGUUUCCUGGUUCAGGACCAGAGUCAACAGGAUGGACAUGUGGCAAAAGCCUUGGACUUGGCUAUGAUCUUUGACUAUUGGGGGAGGGGAACCUGGGUAUGGUGAGACGAUGAUGAGAGAAAAGGGUCACAAAGGUGAGGUGAAGCCUUUCUACCAGUGAACUUUUCAUGCCUCAGGAAACAGGGAAACUUCCUAAGGGUAGGCAUUGGAGCAGCAGGCUAGGAGCAGGGUUAUUCUGGGGACCAUUAAGGUUUACUUCUUUCUGGUGUAAUAGUCCAGUUUAACAUUUACAUUGAAACAAGGUAAGGAAAUAGCCCACAUCUUCUCAUUUGCUUACUAGGUUAAAAAAGAACAAAACUGUAGCCAAGUGUUACCAUGAGUUCAUAGAUUCCUUUUUAAAAGUUAAUGUCUAUGAUUUCUCUUAAAGUGAGUAGACCAGUAGGGUGAAGUCUCUCUGGGAUUUGGCCAGCAGCAAGGAAAAACUGCAGGAAGGGUAGUGGAGGAGAAGUCAGGAACACUCUCUGCAGCUCUCUCCCAUUCUGCUCUUCCCUGCAUGGAGGAGAUCAAGUACGGAGAUCUCAGCGGAGACAAACAGGAGACAGGCUGCCCCUUUCCUCUGUCUCUUGAGUAACUAAUAGAAUGAUUGGGGGUCAGAGAGCUGAGGGGGGGCGGUUAGUCUUUGAAUUAGUAACUUGGCUGGAUACAGAAAGGCCAGGUAAGUUACUCUGAUCAAUAAUACUGCCAAUCUUUUCUUUCCAGGACUGGCCUCCCCGAUCUCUCUCCUCAUGGCAGUGACCCACUUCCAGCCCCCUGGACAAUCGGGUACAGGAAGGAGACUAAGGUGCUGGAGAAUCUGGUAAAAGUACCAUUGUGAAACAGAUGAA